AUGAAAGAGACCGCAAUUAGCCUUUUAUUAGCUCUACUGACUUUGUUCCUCCUUGAGGUGGUCUCAGCCAAUGAGCUAUCUCUUCCCUUUCAUCUCCCAAUCAAUGAAACCUUUCAAGGUAUUAAUAAUGCAUCAGCCGGAUACCAGGGACGAUGUGGAAUGCAAGGUCAUGGCGGAAAAUGUCCUACUGGACUCUGUUGUAGUAUAUGGGGUUGGUGUGGAACAACAUCAGACUAUUGUGCUCCUAAAAACUGUCAGAGACAAUGUCCAGCCCAGUACCCAGAGGGACGAUGCGGAUGGCAAGCUGAUGGUAAAUCAUGUCCUACUGCUACUGGUCAAUGUUGUAGUAUAUGGGGUUGGUGUGGGACCACACCAGAUUAUUGUGCUCCUGAAAACUGUCAAAGCCACUGUAAAUUACCCUCACCUCCUCCUCCACCUCCAUCCCCACCCCCACCUCCACCCGCACUUCCAUACCCACAAUGUGGAAUUAAAAAGGGUGGCGGGAAAUGUAUUAAAACAGGAGAGUGUUGUAGUAUAUGGGGUUGGUGUGGAACCACAAACGAGUAUUGUUCUCCUGGAUAUUGUCAGAAACAAUGUCCAGGUCCAUACCCACAGGGACGAUGCGGAUGGCAAGCUAAUGGUAAAUCAUGUCCUACUGGUACUGGACAGUGUUGUAGUAACGGUGGUUGGUGUGGGACCACAUUCGGUUAUUGCGCUUCUCAACACUGUCAAAGCCAAUGCAACACUACUACUACUCUAACCUCAUCCCUCAAGAAUCGUAUGAGAGGUAUUGGAAGUUUCAUGCUCAACAUUGUCUAGAUGCUACUUCCCAAAUACUAGCUACAGGAUGUACUUUUACUCCUCUUUUGGGACUGGACAAGUGAACGAAUAUUAUUAAUGUGUGUAAUAAUUAAUGCAUAUAAAAUGCAUUAAGAAAUAAUAUAAUACUAAAUAAAGACCUUUUGUCUA